AUGCCGCCCCCAAUCCUCCUCCUCAAGACCAGAUCCUCUCCGAAUGAUGGCUAUGAAGAAUUCUUCACCGCAAAUAACUAUACGCCCACCUUCGUCCCCGUGUUAGAACACCGCUUCAAUGACAAAAACCUAGCCCACGUGCGCUCGCUCUUCAUCACCGGCGCAUUCAAUGCCUCAGACAAUGGCAAUUCCAAGACCUCCAGCCCCAAAUACGGCGGCAUGAUAUUCACCAGCCAACGCGCCGUCGAAGGCUUCGCAAACAUGAUCUCCCAACACGGCCUCUCGCCCCCUUCACAAGAUAUCCCCCUCUAUACCGUCGGCCCAGCGACAGCACGAACCCUCACAACCCUCCGCAACGCCCACCUCCCCUCAUCCACCAUUCACGGCGCAGACACUGGAACAGGCGAGAAACUAGCCCACCUCAUGCUACAACAUUAUAAUACCCUCCACGACACAGAAGAGAACCCAAAGCUCCUAUUCCUAGUCGGUGAGCAGCGGCGAGACAUUAUUCCCAAAACACUCAUGGACCCGAACAUACCACAAAAUAAGCAGAUCCCAGUGGAGGAAGUUGUAGUCUACGAGACCGGGGAGAUGGAGUCCUUUGAGGGUGAUUUCAGAAAAGUGAUGGAGUUGGCUGAGCGUGAGAGUGAACGUGUUGUGUGGGUUGUGGUGUUCUCGCCGAGUGGAUGUGAGGCUAUGUUAAGGGUUCUGGAACUAGGGCCGUAUGCGAAGGAUGAUGGUGGACGGGGGAAUGUAUUUGUUGCGACGAUUGGACCUACGACUCGAGACCAUUUGAGGGGUCUUGGCUUUGAGCCGCAUGUUUGUGCGGAGAAGCCGAGUCCCGAGGGUGUCGGGGAGGGAAUUAGGAGGUUUAUGGAGGAGAGAGGACUUGGAAAUAGUUCCUGA